UGCUUAGCAGUGCGCUAUCCGAUGGCUGCCCCUCGUACGAGACAGGCCCGCUAGUGCUGUCCGAUCCGCGCGGGACGCCAUGAUGUGGGGCACUUCUCCCUCGACCACGACCUUUAGCUCGCGCGCGGUAGUCGUCGACGACAUAGCCCUCGAGGAGCCGGCGGACGGCGGCACGCUGGACGAGGAGUGCGUCGUCUUGGACGAGGACGGGCGCUUCGACGCCUACAAAGAGGUGUGGCAGCCGUUCGACGAGGAGAAGCGCCUCGACUUGAGGAGGCAUGCGCGCAUCGCCGGCGCGGAGACCGCCAGGGACGCGUUGCAGGGUCUGGAGGACCUCACGGGCCUCUUCGACGAGUCGGACGGCUACGACGACGCCUCCCUCGACCUGGGCGACAACGAGCUGGGCACGCGCGGGGUGGACGACCAGCCGCGCAUGAAGGGCGUGGGCCACUUCGUGCCGCCGCCGCCGCUGACGGUCUUCGUGGCCGAGAACAUCAUCACGAACUGCGACUGGGGCUUCGCCGGCCUCGGGCUGAGCGACAACGACCUCGGCGCGCGGUCGCAGCUGGGCCUGCAGAAGCUCGCGGAGGGCGUGGGCGCGCGGCUGGGCGCCGCGGCGCGCGAGGGCCACCUCCCCGGGUUCACGCACCUGCGCUGGCUGGACCUCAGCGGAAACCUGUUGCUGGGGGCCGACGGCAUGCGCAACACCGGCCUGGCCGCCUUGACGCAGGCCCUCGAGGGCGCGCCGGCGCAUACGGCCCAUCUGGAGAAGCUCUGCCUCGGGCGCAACGCACUGCACGAGGCCGCGUGCGCCUUCGUCGCGCAGAUGUUGGACGCCCCCGGCCUCGCCGCGCUGCGAGCCCUGGACCUGUCCGACAACUACCUCGGCCAGGACGCGGCGGGGCGGGCCGCGCCGUCGGGCCUGGUGGCCCUGGCGGCGGCGUGCGGACGCCAUUAUAGUUUGACGGGCUUGGAUCUCAGCCGGAACGGCGGUUUUGACGAUGCCGCGGCCGUGGCCAUCGUCGACCGCUGCACGGAGAAGCCGAUCGGCGGCGGCGGUAUCCAACGGAUAAGACUGGGCGGCAACCCGCUCUGCGGCGCGCGGACCGCGCGGCGCCUCGCGCGGGCGUGCGAACUGUCGCGGACACUACUCGACGCGGACCUCUGCGACCUGGACCUGCCGCGGCCGGCGCUCUACGAUCUUUGCGACGCGCUGCCGCGGUGCUUGAGCCUGCGGGGGCUGGACCUGAGCGGCAACUGGCGGUGCUUCGCCGGGGACGAGCCUUUACUCCAGGAUCCGCGCUACCGGCGGAGUCCCAGCGAGGCGUUGCUCGACGCGUUGCGGCGGAACUGCGCGUUGAUGCAAGUACGGUUAAGUCGGUGCGACGUCGACCCCGACGCCAUGCGCGCGAUCGGUCGGUGCCUCCGCGCGAACAGAUGCCUGCCGGACCUCAUCAAACGGCCGGUGCGGUGGCAAUUAGAAAGCAGCGGCGACGCGAAGAGCGAGUUACUCCGGAAGGUGUGCUUCCUGGAUUCUGAUAUCCAGCAGCUGCUGCGGUCGAACCUGAGCUUUCUCAGGGAUUCGGCCGCGUCGGACGUCGUCGACGCGGUCGCGCCGCCGUCGCACAAGUGCCUCAUGACGAACGACCCCGCUUCCUUCCUGAAGCUCAACGACCGGAACUGGAUGCGCAAGUUCGCCGCGCGGCGCAUCCAGGCGACGUGGUUGGCCAAGCACGCGCCCCCCGCGCCGACCGGCGACGGCCCGACCGAGGCCGAGCUCGCCUACGAGGCGUCGCUGGCGGAGCACCAGCGGCUGACGGGCCAUUCCGGCGGCGCGUUUCUGCCGCCGACGGGGCAGCGGAAAAGCUCGUCGCGGCGGCGCGGGCGGCGGCGCUAA